AGACUCCUCACCGAAAAGCCGGAAGCACAUGCUGGCGCGCUGCUAUUGAUGUUGUUGUAGUCUGUGACAUGUAGCGAGAAAACGUUGUUGAUUUGUGUGUGUGUUUUUUAAACAUAACGUUUGAGUGAAAAACCAGAGAAUGGCAGCAACAGUGGCUACACCUGUCACCCCCGCGGAGCAGGACCUUGACCGGUGUGGGAGUGCGGAGGAGAGCCGCGGGGCCGAGGCGGAGGAGGAGAGCAGCCAGCAGCAGACAGGCCCCGCUGCCGCCGUGACCCACAGCCGACUGUCCAAACUCCCACUGGCCCGCAUAAAGGCGCUUAUGAAGACCGACCCAGACGUGUCGCUCGCCAGCCAGGAAUCUGUGUUCAUCAUCGCUAAAGCCACGGAGUUGUUUGUUGAGAUGAUUGCCAAAGAUGCCCUGGUGUACGCACAGCAAGGGAAGAGGAAAACUUUGCAAAGAAAAGACUUGGACAACGCAAUAGAGGCCAUAGAUGAAUUUGCAUUUCUUGAAGGCACGCUUGAUUAAAUGCUGCUUCACGAGAUGAGAACAUUAAAUAUCUGCAAACAACCAAGAAACCUUCUGUUACAGGGACACAAUUUGUUGUAAAAACCUUUUGUGAUAAUUUUCUAAGUCAAUCUCUCAAAUUGGAUAUUUAUAAAUGCUUUUCUACAAUGUGCCAUUAAGAUUUUUCAUCCUUGACUUUGAAGACAUCAGUGGUAAUUUGUAAACUUUUUUGUAAAUAUUUGUGAAAUACUGGUGUAAAAUUAAAUAAAUGUAAGUUUUAAACAA